UCUGAUUGGUCACUUAUGUUUGCUGUUGCCACUCACACUCUCCGGUAUUGGAGAAAGAAGAGAAUUCUCAAUCCACAUCUUUUGAUCAAUAGGAAGAGGAGGAGAAAAAAAGCUUAGGAUGAACAUCUAUUUGAGUAGAUCAUUUAAAAGAGCUAAUGUCAGUUUUAGAUUAUGUAGUGGAAACGCCGUACAAUCUACAGUUUUGAGAUUAGGGGAAGAAAUGUUCUUGGUGGAUGAAGCACCAGCGAAGACCAUCAGUUGUAUGCAAGAUGAGACUCAAAUAUUACAAAUCAACAGAGAAAACAGGUUUGAGAAUAAGGUGGGAUAUAAGCAUAGAGUAGUAGGGGAAUCAAUGAGCAAAAAACAAAUUUUAGAGAGAUUCUUCAUCGAUCUAGUAGUAGGGGAAUCAAUGAGCAAAGAGAGAGCAGCAGAAAGGGUCAAUGAUUUGGUGGGAUACACAGAGAGAGUCGCGGGGCAAACGAUGAUUCUACCACGAAGAUUCAGAAAAAACCGAGCUUGGAUGGAACUGAACAAAAUUUGGAAAACAAAUCAAAAGGUCAAAGGAUUCAUUAUUGAGAAAGCAAAAGGAGGGUAUUCAGUAGCAAUCGCAGGGUUCAUUACCUUUCUACCAUUCCGGUACUUAAUGAAACGCUUUUGUCUUGUUAGAGAGAUGCGGCAGUAG